AUGGGCUUCAAAAAGGGCUUCGGGUCGACCGCGGCGUUGGGACGGUCGGUCGGGACGAUCGGCCGGACAUCGGGUCGUGGCCGAGUCGGAACGGUCGGGGUCGGACGGAUUCGUGGUCGGCCGUGUGGUCGGACGGAUGAAGAUUGGCCGAUGAAAUUCUCGGCCGGACGCGGGACGUUUUUCCCGGCUCGGACGGAUGCAUCGGCCGUGGUACGCGAGAGGUUGCGCGGCCGCGAGGCUUGUUCCCGGCUCGCGCGCUUUGGUCGUGCGCGGCGUGGCGUGAGGUUGUGCUUGGCCGACCGCGGGACAGUUUCCCGGGUCGUGAUGCGGCCGAACGGUUUGGAACUUUGGCCGAGACUUCAGACGGACGGACGAGAUUUGGCCGAGCGUGAAACAUUCGUUUCUCGGCCAGCCGGACUGCGCGGUUGGGCGCUGAUUCUCGAUAGAGCCGUCUGGACAGUCUUCACUCUUUUGGUUGUAACUCCUUUUCUACUCAUCCAAAUUAGGCCAUUCCAGUUGCGUUGGAAAGUUAACUCAAUCAGAGCACGCAGGGAACUGGUCUUGAUGAAAUCCAUUGAGUAG